AUGGGUUCUCAAUUCUCCGGAUCAGAUCUCGAUCUGGCUCCGCUCCCGCCCAAAGAUUUUAUUGUGAGUUUGCGGACCGGAAAAAUCAGGCCUUUCGGGGGUCUUAAAGGUUUGACGUCGGCGAUCAACAAGCAACCCCGGCAAGGCAAGAUCCGGCUUACAGCAGGCGGCCUCGAGGGUGAUGAACGUCAAUAUAUCAACCAUAAUAGUCCAGAUAACGCCAUUCAUCAAUAUGAUCCCCGCCACUAUGAAGAAUGGAAGAAUAUCUUACCAGAACGUACUCACAAGUUCAAAGUUGGCGCGUUCGGCGAGAAUAUAUCUUCUGCGCACCUCUCGGAAGCCAAUCUAUGUGUCGGAGACAAAUUCCGGUUGGGGGCCGACGCCAUCGUUCAGGUUACUAUGUUAAGACAGCCCUGCUAUAAGUUAAACCACCGAUUUGAGUACAAGAAGAUGUCAAGACUCAUUCAGAGUACUGGAUUUACCGGAUGGUAUUAUCGAGUUCUACAUGGAGGUGAUGUCCAAGAAGGCGACCCGAUCGAAUUGAUCGAACGUAUUAACCCACGAUGGUCUCUCUUAAGAAUACACUAUAUUCUUUAUACGGACUCUAAUAAUACGAAAGCGAUAGAGGAGAUCAGUAAACUGGAAGGGCUUAGCCAGGAAUUCCUUGAUUUAACCCAGAGCAGACUUUCUAAAGGGGUCGAGAACAUGAAUCGACGCCUCCUAGGUGACUUUGCUGUGCCAUGGCACUUAUACAAGUUGGUUGAAAAAACUAGGCUUACUCCGAGAGUACAAAAAUUCAUCUUCAAGUCCGAGGAACCUGAUACGGACGUGGAAGAUUUGAAUUUCGGCCGCUUUCCGCAUGUGCGUCUCAAGUUCGGACCAGAUUCCAAGUUCACCAGAGCUUAUUCGGUCGUCUCGGGGGAUAUGAGAUCAUUUGAGCUAGGAAUCGCGAAAGAUGAUGAUUCAAGAGGCGGAUCGCUAUAUCUACACGAUAACUUGAAGAUUGGCGAUAUUCUGGAGGUAGCCAAGGGACACAAUGCGGUUGUUCCUAUAAUAAAUAGUGACCAAGUCGAUACACCAACAAGGCACAUCUUUAUUAUAGGUGGAAUUGGUGUCACUGCCUUCAUUGAUGAGAUUCGGACUCUCGAGAAUAAAUCUGCCAACUUCGAGAUUCACUACGCCGUUCGUAGCAGAAAGGAGGCGGCAUACCUUGAUCAUCUACCAGACAGUAGGACUACUAUUUAUGCAAAGAGCGAGGGCAAACGGUUGGAUGUGGCUGAGAUCAUUCCAUCGCCUGACGAUUGCAGGGAUAAUUGUAAGACUUUGGUUUACUGCUGUGGCCCAUCGUCGCUGCUUGCCGCUUGUCGUGACACGACAACGAAGUUAGGCUAUCCCCGAUCCCAGACCCAUUUCGAGGAGUUUGGCGGUGCUGGAACAGGCACAGGUGACCCUUUUGAAGCCGAGAUUAAAAACACUGGGGAAGUUCUUCAGGUCCCUCAAGAGAAAUCAUUAUUGGACGUCCUUAACGAAGCCGGUUUCGAGAUAGAAUCAUCAUGUCUCGUAGGAAAUUGUGGAACCUGCAUGGUAGAUGUUUGCAAAGGGAAGGUUGUUCACCAAGGUGUAGCCCUAGAAGAUGAGCAGAAGGAGAGCAGUAUGCUGACCUGUGUGAGCCGUGGUAAGGGAAGGAUUGUGAUUGAUUGUUAA